AUGGCUCUACCUACUUCCAAGUGUCUGGCUGGAAGUUUGGGGUUUUUUCUGUUCGUAGUCUCUUCAGUAAGCACAGCAGAAGCAGCUGUCACAUGUCCUGACAGAGAGCCUGAGUUAGAAAUCUGGAACCCGGGUCACAACGAAGAAAACCGCGUUGAAAUCCGCAGUGGCAGGAAGCUGCUGCUCUCUUCUUCUGCCACUGUUCACUCCAUCCACAUCACUGACAGAGGAAAACUGGUCAUCAAGGACGAUGUGCAGCCCAUCAUCCUGCGUACAAGACACAUACUCAUUGAAAAUGAUGGAGAGCUACACAUUGGCAGUGAGCUGUGCCCUUACCAAGGCAAUGUGGUUAUCAUCUUAUAUGGGCGAGCGGAUGACGGCAGCCAGCCAAACCCUUACUUUGGACGGAAGUACCUUGGAGUCAGCAAAGGUGGCACUCUUGAGAUCCAUGGAAAGAAAAAGCUGUCCUGGACUUUCUUAAACAAGACUCUCCAUCCUGGUGGCAUGGAAGAAGGUGGAUAUUACUUCGAGAGGAGCUGGGGCCACCGGGGUGUCAUUGUCCAUGUCAUUGACCCAAAGACAGGGGCAGUUGUCCACUCAGACCGGUUCGAUACCUACAGAGCAAAAGAGGAAAGUGUCCGCCUGGCUCAGUACUUGGGCAGAGUUGCAAAUGGCAUGAUCCUGUCGGUCGCAGUGAAUGAUGAAGGAUCCAGAAACUUGGAUGACUUGGCCAGGAAAGCAAUGACCAAACUGGGCAGCAAGCAUUUCCUCCACCUUGGGUUUAGGCACCCAUGGAGUUUUAUUACCAUUAAAGGAAAUCCCUCCUCUUCUGUUGAAGACCACAUUGAAUAUCAAGGUCACAAAGGCUCAGCUGUGGCCAAAGUAUUCAAACUAUUCAAAGCUGAGAAUGGAGAACAUUUUAACGUCUCUUCAACGAGCGAGUGGGUUCAAGAUGUAGAAUGGACAGAGUGGUUUGAGAAGCCUGACAAAGCGAGAUCUAAGGACAUGGAGAAGCUGUCUGACUUCAAAGCUGCUCAUCCUGACAAAGUCUGCAGGCAGCCCAUUGACAUCCAGGCGAUGACGCUUGACGGAGCGGAUUUAACCGCGGAGGUUUUCUACAAGAGCGGCCACGAUUACCAAUUCCUGUGCCACGGCAAGGACCAGACCGGCCAGGGCUGCCACAACUACAGAGUCAGGUUCUUGUGUGGCAAAUCUGUGAAGCCGAAGCUCACGGUAACCAUUGACACCAACGUGAACAGCACGAUCCUGAAUCUGGCGGAUGAUGUGAGCUCAUGGAGACCUGGGGACAGGCUGGUGGUGGCGAGCACUGACUACUCCAUGUACCAGGCAGAGGAGUUCCAAGUGCUGCCCUGCAGAACCUGCAGACCCACCCAGGUCAAGGUAGCAGGGAAAGCCACAUACCUGCACGUGGGCGAGGUGGUCGACGGCGUGGACAUGCGGGCGGAAGUGGGGCUGCUGAGCCGCAACGUCGUGGUGAUGGGCGACAUGGAGCAGCAGUGCUACGAGUACAGCAGCAAGCUGUGCUCCUUCUUUGAUUUCGACACCUUUGGGGGACACAUCAAGAUUGGUCUUGAUUUUAAGGCUACACACAUUGAAGGUCUGGAACUGAAACACAUGGGCCAGCAGACAAUGGGGCAUUACCCAAUUCAUUUCCAUAUGGCCGGAGAUGUGGAUGAGAAAGGAGGCUACAACCCUCCAACCUAUGUGAAGGACACCUCCAUCCACAACACCUUCUCCCGCUGUGUCACAGUCCACGGAUCCAAUGGCUUACUGGUGAAGGAUGUGGUGGGUUAUGAUGCUCUGGGCCAUUGUUUUUUUACGGAGGAUGGCCCAGAGGAGCGCAACACGUUUGACCACUGCCUGGGGCUGCUGGUGAAGCCCAGCACUCUGCUCCCCUCCGACCGCGACAGCAGGAUGUGCAAGCUGAUCACAGAGGGAGCUUACCCAGGCUACAUCCCUAAGCCCAGGCAGGACUGCAGUGCUGUAUCCACCUUCUGGAUAGCCAACCCACACAACAACCUUAUAAACUGUGCAGCUGCUGGAUCUGAAGAAACAGGCUUUUGGUUUGUCCUGCACCACGUGCCCACUGGCCCUUCGGCAGGCAUGUAUUCCCCUGGCUACUCCGAGCACAUGCCGAUGGGGAAAUUCUCCAACAACCGCGCGCAUUCCAACUACCGGGCUGGAAUGAUCAUCGAUAACGGCGUUAAAACCACCCCAGCCUCUGCCAAGGACAAAAGACCUAUCCUGACACUGAUUUCUGGGAGGUACAGCCCACACAAGGAUGCUGAUCCUUUGAAGCCCAGGGAACCUGCAAUAAUUGAGGGCUUUAUUGCCUACAAGAAUCAGGAUCACGGGGCCUGGCUGCGAGGUGGAGAUGUGUGGCUGGACAACUGCCAGUUUGCUGACAACGGCAUUGGGCUGACCUUGGCGAGCGGUGGGACCUUCCCUCACGACGACGGCUCCAAGCAGGAGAUCAAGAACAGCCUGUUUGUGGGUGAGAGUGGAAACCUGGGCACUGAGACGAUGGACAAUGAGAUCUGGGGGCCUGGAGGUCUGGAUCACCGGGGAAGGACCCUGCCCAUCGGCCCGGAUUUCCCCAUCCGAGGGAUUCAGUUCUACGACGGGCCCAUCAACGUCCAGAACUGCACGUUCCGCAAGUUUGCGGCGCUGGACGGGCGGCACACCAGUGCCCUCGCCUUCCGCCUCAACAACGCCUGGCAGAGCUGCCCCAACAACAACGUCACCGCCAUCCGCUUCGAGGAUGUCCCCAUUACUUCAAGAGUCUUCUUUGGAGAACCUGGCCCGUGGUUCAAUGAUCUGGAUAUGGAUGGUGACAAAACAUCAGUUUUUCAUGAUGUAGAUGGUUCUGUGUCAGAAUACCCAGGCUCAUACCUGAUCAAAGAAGACAACUGGUUAAUCAAGCACCCUGACUGCAUUGACGUGCCCGACUGGAGAGGCUCCAUCUGCAGCGGGCACUUUGCACAGAUGUACAUCCAAGCCUACAAGCCAGCCAACCUGAAAAUGAAAAUAAUAAAAAAUGACUACCACAAUCACCCACUCUACUUGGAAGGGGCUUUGAGCAAAAGCACUCAUUACCAGCAGUAUCAGCCAGUUGUAACUCUGAGGAAAGGCUACACCAUCCACUGGGACAAGACAGCCCCUGAAGAGCUGGCCAUAUGGCUCAUCAACUUCAACAAGAAUGACUGGAUCCAAGUAGGGUUUUGCUAUCCUAAAGGGACGACAUUUUCCAUUCUCUCAGACAUCCACAACCGUCUCUUGAAGAAAACAUACAAAACUGGCACCUUCUACAGAACCUCCCAAAUGGAGAAACUGGAGCACAGAUACCCCACCAAAGGGUACUACUACUGGGAUGAGGACACUGGGUUGCUGUUUCUGAAACUCAAAGCUCAAAAUGAGAAGGAGAAGUUUGCUUUCUGCUCUGUAAAGGGCUGUGAGAGAAUAAGAAUCAAAGCUGUGAUCCCAAAGACAGCUGGUGUCAGCGACUGUGAAGCCACAGCCUACCCCAAGUACAUUGAGACACCAAUAGUGGAAGUGCCAAUGCCAAAGAAGCUCUCCAGUGCACAACUGAAGACCAAGGACCACCUAAUUGAAGUGAAAAUAGAAACAUACAAGAAACAGUACUUCCACCUGAAGGAUGACUUUGCAUACAUUGAGGUUGAUGGUGUCAGGUUUUUCCUCACUGAAGAGGGCAUCCAGCUGGUUGUGAUUGAUGGACACCAUGGAAAAGUUGUUGAUCGAGUAACAUUCAAAAACUCCAUUCUACAAGGAAUCCCAGCACAGAUAGAGAAUUAUGUCAACAACAUCAAAGAUCACUCCAUAGUGCUGGUGACAUCUAAAGGAAGAUUCAUUUCAAGAGGACCAUGGACUAAAGUACUGGAGAAACUUGGAGCAGGAGAGGGUUUUAGGUUAAAAGAAAAAAUGGCUUUUGUCGGCUUCAAAGGCAGCUUCCGCCCCGUCUGGGUGAAGCUGGUCACGAACGAGGACUCGGCCAAAAUCUACCAAGCGCUGCCAAUUCCUGUGGUGAAGAAAAUGAAGUUGUGAGGACACCCUGCUGUGCCUGCUGGCCGCCAGCACCGCCCCGUGGGAUGGACGGACAAACGGACGGACGGACGGACUACUGACCGCUCUGCGCUGGCCUCGCCCGCCCGCGCCACCGGCGUAGCAUUUUGUUGUUGUUGUUGCUGUUCAAAAAGAAAUCUCACUGUAAGUAGCUGGAGGGGCCACACGUGAGAGCGGAGCCUGGCGCUGUGGCCAGCGGGUGCUCGGGGCCGCCGGGCCGGGCUGGCUCGGGCGCUGAGGCCGCUCUGGCGGCACCGAGCGAGGCCUGGGCUGUUCCUGCAGGCGCUGCUUCUGCCAGCGCUCCUGGGACACACUGGUGUUCGUGCUGCCUCGUGAAGGGGAGCUCUUGGUCUGAAGACCGCCAAGGAUUGUUGCUUCCACCAUCCUCUAAGGUGACUUUUCCUUUUCCGUAGUGUAACUAGCUGCUCUACGCAGACUGGAAUGCCAGUUCAAAGACUGGUUGACAAUCUGGUGGAGAAAGAGUGGAUUUGAGUGAUUUCCUGGGUGCUGGGAAGUGUAACUGGACAGUAAGCAUUUCCCCUAAAGCUUCUGUGAGGUUUGGUCAAGCUCUUUGGGGUGUGUGUUGUACAUGCAGCCCACGGCACAUAGUUGGGGAAGAAAUGACAGAAGGAGUGGACAAAACAUGCCAGCAGAGACUGAUGGAACCACCUAUUCCUGCUUCCUCAGAAAACCACGUUUUUCCUAUGGAUCAAGGAGUUUUAAUAGUGGCUGUGCAAACAGGAAAUUUUCCUUCAACAAGCAGCUGCAGGCUAGAAGGAGAGCAAUGUCAAUUAGCACAUGUAUUUUCUCAGCCUUUCCCAUUCAGCCUUUCCCUCUGUAUAAUGACAUGCAGAAUCAGUUUAUGGUUGCCAGCUAAUGCCAUCCCAGUUCAGGGCCUCUAAUUUUUGACUGGGAAUACUGGGACUUACCUUAUUCAGCAUCAAAUAGGGUGAGCUGCCCUCACCUUUCCCAGGACAUCAGGGGGAACAGGAUCAGACUGCUCUGCUGUGUGUUGCUUUCUGAUCCUGUCUUCAGGCUAAAGAUAUUAUGUCUUGGUCCUCCUGUAAGAGUUACAUGAGACCUGGAUGAGGUCUUUCCAGGAGGCUGAAGAAUUAAAGUGGGAAUCCCAAUGCACUAGUUGGAUGUCUUGUACCUCCUUUCCCUCUGCUUCUAACGAAGACCUGGGUAAUGAUGGCAGAUCAGAGUGGAUCAGGACUUCACAGGGGCAUCUCUUGAAGGUGGGAUGUUAACAUUACCUUGUAAAACACUGAAAGCAUUUCUAGUGUUCAGUGAUAUUUCUGUCAGCUGCUCCAAAAUACCACACAGGCAUUUCUGGAGGCUGUGGCUGUUCUAAGAAAUCUGAGGGCAGGGGGGAAGUGUGAAAGACAUCAUGACAAGCUUUUAAAAAAUGUCAAUCUUGCCAGUAAGACUUGGGUUUAUUUCCCCACUUUAUCUCUGCCUGUCCCCACUGCCACAUAAAUUAUUCCAAUUGCUGAUGGCUACUUUGUUUGUUAAUUAGGUUUUUCUUUUUCCCCACAGUAUCAAAAAUGUUACCUUGAAGUUAGACUAAAAAGAAAGGAUUUUGUUUGUCAUUCCAAAGGCUGUGCAGAUACUGGUUUAGAUAAGUUGCUCUGAAUGUCAAAGCAAGCAUGAACAAAAUUUAGAUAUACUGUAG